CAAGAGCGCACUGAGACAUGCACAAACACACUUUAGCUGUGUCUCCAUAGUGACCGGCUUCGCUGCCCCAGCUUGGGGAGGAAAUGCCAAACUCAGUGCUUCAGAGUCGCUCCACCAGAAAGACACAAACACACACACAAACACACACACACACACACACAGAGCUCUAUUCUAAUCCUCUGUCCGGCCAAGGCGGAGAAAACCUCUCCUCAUCUUAUCACUGUGCUACCUCCCUCUGUCCAUUCUCUUCCUGUCCCUCUACCUCCCUCCCCCUCUCGCUCUGCCUCACUAUCUCUCUGCCUCUCUCCCCUGCCAGUGGCAAGUUCAUUGAAGUAGACAACAGAGAGAUGAAAGAGAAGAACCACUGGCAAACGCCGGUGACCAUCAUCAUCACUGUGAUUGGCGUCAUAGCGAUUGUUGCCCUGGUGACCGUAGCAGUUUUGCAGAACAGGCCCCUCCCUCAAAAAUACAAGUAUGGGAUUGUUUUGGACGCCGGCUCCUCCCACACAGCUCUGUAUAUCUAUGAGUGGCCAGCUGAGAAGGAUAACAACACUGGAAGAGUUGAACAGACGCAUUCCUGCAAAGUCAAAGGUCCAGGUAUCUCCAGCUAUGCGUCUGCUCCCUGGAAAGCAGGGGAGUCUCUGCGAGCAUGCAUGCAGGAGGCCGAGCAGUGGGUGCCCGGAAAAAGACAUCACGAGACGCCUCUUUAUCUGGGGGCUACUGCUGGAAUGAGAUUGCUGAAUAUGGAGAACAGCUCGGCUUCAGACAAGGUCUUUCAGGCUGUGGGGGACGCCUUGCAAAAGUCCCCCUUUUCCUAUGAGGGAGCAAGAAUACUCAGCGGCCAGGAGGAGGGCGCUUUCGGCUGGGUCACCGUCAACUACUUGGAUGACCGCCUCAAACAGGGCCUGGAAACCACAGGCGCCCUUGACCUUGGUGGGGCCUCCACUCAGAUUAGCUUUGUUUCCGAUAAUUAUGACGGUUCAGAGUCGCCAAGAAACUCGGUGACCUUCCGACUCUAUGGAAAUGACUAUAACCUGUACACCCAUAGCUUUUUAUGUUACGGGAAAGACCAAGCCCUUCGAAUGAUGCUGGCACACCAGACUCAGGCAGGUCCAGCAGCAGUACUAGAUCCCUGUUUCCACCCUGGUUUCACUGAGACAAGGAACUACUUAGACCUUUAUGACAGCCCCUGCGUGUCAGACAGGAAACCCCAAGGAGCUCCUGCUGACUUCAAUCACACAGGGAAAGGAAACUUCUCACAAUGCCAGGAAGCCGUCAAAAAUGUCUUCAACUUUACUGACUGCAAAUACAGCCGGUGCUCUUUCAAUGGGGUCUUCCAGCCACUUCUGCAGGGACCAUAUGGGGCAUUCUCUGCUUACUACUUUGUGAUGAACUUCCUAAACCUGACCGACACAUCCGUCCCUCUGGAAUCUGUCAGAGAAAAGCUAACAAGCUACUGCGCUACCCCUUGGAGUCAGAUAACGCAGCAGCAUAAGGGCGUUAAAGUGAAGUAUCUGGCUGAGUACUGUUUCUCCGGCACGUACAUCCUCACCCUGCUGACAGAAGGAUACAACUUCACCUCAGAGAGUUAUUCCAAAAUAAAAUUCAUCAAAAAGAUUAAAGGCAGUGAUGCCGGCUGGACGCUCGGCUACAUGUUGAAUCUGACCAAUAUGAUUCCAGCUGAGGCUCCUGACUCUCCCCCUCUGCCCCACGCCGGCUACGUCUCCAUAGUCACCGUCAUCGCAUUACUGCUUUUCAUCCUCUCCAUCCUCUUCAUCCUCAGCCUGCGGUCUCUAUGGCCCUGCUGCUCCAAACAGAUCGUAUAAACACGCACACAGAUGUAUAUAUGAGUGACGGCGAAGGAGGAAAUGUCUGUGAGGGCUUGAGGGGGUUUGUUGAUGCGCUCUUCGACCAGUUUGUGAAUCAGAUAGUCAACUUUACACUUUCCAGCUU